AUGACUUAUAAUGUACUCGACCAUGGUGCGGUUGGAGAUGGCCACAGAGAUGAUUCUGAAGCUUUUUUGAAAGCAUGGAACGCCUCAUGUCUAGAUAAAGGGACACCAAGACUUGUAAUACCAGGGGAGAAGACCUAUCUUCUUCAACCUACGAACUUCUCAGGUCCUUGCCAGUCCAGCUCCAUUCACGUUGAGAUUUCUGGAAAACUUCUGGCACCCAGUCCAGAUGCAUGGAAAGAGUGUGUAGACCUUUGGUUAACCUUUUCAGAGGUGACCAACCUCACCGUAAGUGGAUCAGGAGAAAUCAACGGCCAAGGUUCCCUUUGGUGGAAUAAAUAUGACCUGCUUAACUAUGUGAAUAAUUAUAAGGUGCAAUGCGAACGACCAAAGGCUUUACGUUUCUACAGAUGCGAUAGUCUUCAAUUAAGUGGACUUACUCUAGCUGACAGUCCAAGAACACACAUCUCCAUUCAGUAUUGCAAUUAUGCGAAUGUCUCGUACCUUCAGAUUAGGGCACCUGAAGAUAGUCCCAACACAGAUGGAAUUGACAUCUCUAUGUCAAGCAAUGUCAAUAUCCAUGAUUGUAAUAUUGGAACAGGUGAUGAUUGUAUCGCUGUUAACAAUGGAACAUUCAUUAUCGAUAUCAAGAACAUCGCUUGCGGACCAGGUCAUGGAAUUAGCAUUGGAAGUUUGGGCAAGAAUGGAGAUCAUAACACAGUAGAAAACAUACAUGUAAAGAAUUGCAGUUUCAAUAGCACAAUGAAUGGAGCCAGAAUUAAGACAUUUCAGGGUGGUUCUGGAUAUGCCAGAAGGAUAUCAUUUGAAGAAAUCACUCUUACAACUGCUGGGCACCCCAUUAUCAUUGAUCAAUACUACUGUCCUGAACAUGACUGCGAAAAUUCGACUUCGUCCGUACAGGUGAGUGAUGUGACAUUCAGUGGCUUCCAUGGAACUUCUAAGAAUGAGCAAGCAAUUACAUUGAACUGCAGCCAGAGUGUUAAUUGUGUAAACAUUGUGAUGAACAAUAUCAAUAUCACCUCAGCAGUUGCCAGUGAGGAGGUGAGGGCUUCUUGCAGCUAUGUAAAUGGGACUUCUUACGCAACUGUACCACAAGUCCCUUGCCUGAGCUCUAAAGCAUGA